AGUAGGCGUUUGCGAACACACGUCCACUAUCAACUCGCUGCACUAUCUACAACGACCGAUAGUCGAAGCUUUCGAUAUUUCGGUUUUGUGUGUGGUUACUUUAAUUUAUUGACAAAAAUGUAAUGCCUCUAUUUUUAAUUGGCCAUGUUACCUCCGCACACGGCAUGUUGACUACUACUUCGUUUGCGUUUAAGUUGUUCUUGUUUCUAUAAAUAUACGUGCGUGCUUUUAUUCAAGAUUCCUCCUUGAUCUGACAUCGACGCGAAGAUGUCUUCUAAGAGUGAAUUAAAAAAAUUAUCAGAGGAAAGUCUGACGAGACAACCAGAAGAAGUGUUUGAUAUCAUAUGUAAAUUAGGGGAAGGGUCUUAUGGAUCAGUUUACAAAGCGUUGCAUAAAGAAAGUGGACAAGUACUUGCAAUUAAACAAGUACCAGUCGAUACUGACUUGCAGGAGAUCAUUAAGGAAAUAUCGAUAAUGCAGCAAUGUGACUCUCCAUAUGUUGUUAAAUAUUACGGAAGUUACUUUAAGAAUACAGAUUUAUGGAUUGUAAUGGAAUACUGUGGAGCUGGAUCUGUUAGUGAUAUCAUGAGGCUGAGAAAGAAAACUCUUCAAGAAGACGAAAUUGCCACUAUUUUGAGUGAUACUUUGAAAGGAUUAGAAUACCUACAUUUGAGAAGAAAAAUUCACAGAGAUAUUAAAGCUGGAAAUAUUCUUCUCAAUAAUGAAGGUCAUGCUAAGUUGGCUGAUUUUGGUGUAGCUGGUCAAUUAACGGAUACCAUGGCUAAACGUAAUACAGUUAUUGGUACACCAUUCUGGAUGGCGCCUGAAGUGAUACAAGAAAUUGGUUACGAUUGUGUGGCUGACAUAUGGUCUCUGGGAAUUACAGCCUUGGAGAUGGCUGAAGGCAAACCACCAUAUGGUGACAUUCAUCCAAUGAGAGCAAUAUUUAUGAUCCCGACUAAACCACCACCUAGUUUUAGAGAACCUGAUCAAUGGAGUCCAGAAUUUAUUGACUUUGUUAGUGGGUGCCUUGUAAAAAAUCCUGAAGAAAGAGCAACCGCGACCGAGCUUUUGCAACAUGAAUUUAUAGGUAAUGCCAAACAACCUAGUAUUUUAAGUCAAAUGAUUGCCGAGGCCCAUGAGAUACGAGAAAAACAAAGCGCACAUAGAGCUCAUGUCAUAAACAAUGUCGCAAUUAAAAGUCAAAAUCAGGCCGAAGAUUCGGAUGACGAAGACUGUAGCGGAACCAUGAAGCCAUUACCAGAGGAUAGUAGGACAUUAGUGCCGAGUCACGAUCUUCCAGAUACCGGUACUUUAGUUUCAGCGAUGCUGGACUUAGGUACAAUGGUUAUUAAUAGCGAUACAGAUACCGAAGCUACCAUGAAGAGACAUAAUACAGGUUCUGUAGAAUCUGGCAAAAAAUAUCGACCAUUAUUCUUAGAUCAUUUUGAUAAGAAAGAAGCGCCUGAAAUUGGGAAGGGCAAUGGACAGAUGUUGGGAGCGCAAAAUUCAGAAAAUACGAAUAAAUUAGAGUUACAAAGUCCAACCGAAUCUCAAAGGUUUCAAAGUCACCUGCAAUUACAGCUGCAGAAUCAGAUACCUCAUCCUGUGCCAGAACAGCCUCAUAACAACAUCUCAAAGUUUCAAAACGUCUUCACGGAACGUGAUUUUGAUUUCAGAAACAACCAUAUCCUGCAGCUGAAGUUUCUCUCCUACGAGGAACUGCAGCAACGAAUGGCUAGUCUGGAUGCGGAAAUGGAGCGAGAGAUCGACGAAUUGAGGAAAAGGUAUCAGACAAAGAGGCAACCUAUUCUCGAUGCCAUGGACACCAAACGGAAGCGCCAACAGAAUUUCUAACAGUUUCCUUCUUCAGACGAAUAAGUGAUGACGAAUGUAGACAAAGGGUGUACAAUUGUAUAAAUGAAUAGAUUUUAUUCGCGUCAUCCUAGUUUCAUUAAAGAAAAGAACAUUGCUCUCAGAAAUAAAAGUUUUUUACAAACAAAUUUGCAAGGAUCGUAAAUUUCUCGUUUACCGGCAAGUUCCAAUGUUGCUUUUCUUUGUGAAAUCUGGGAUAUAUUAUAGCUAGUGAUAGCUGAUAGCCUCACGUCACCAAUGUAAAUUAUUUUAGGUGAUUUAGGUGAAAAACAAUCACUAUACUUAAUUUUUGUAUUAUGUUUAUCUAUAAUUACUGUUAAAUAUAUCUUAUUCUUAUAGAGGAAUAUUACGAGAGACCCGCGUGUAGGGUUGUUAGAAAAUAAAAAAGGAACGCAAUAGAAAUAUAAAACAAAUGCAUCAUAAUUACAAUUGUUUCUGUCGAG